UCUGUUUGUUAAACAAGCGCUUAUCACGUUUAAAACUGGUGUGAGGCUAUCAUUAAGUACAUCACUCUAAUCAAAAACUAAUGUUUAGAAACACAAAUAAUUUUAAUUGUACAUUAAUUAUUGUAGACUACUUUAAAAAAUAGUGUCUAGCUGUUUUACCAUAAUGAACGACCUCCAAGAAAAUCUUGAUAUUUCACCACAAGGAUUUGUGGACCAGCUGUUAAAUGAGGGUUCAAGGAUACCAUGUGAUAACACGAAUGAAUCAUUCAAUCAGCAAGGCGAUGCCGUUCCUCCUUAUUUUGAUAAGCGACUAUUUAGAAUUGGACAGAAGCUAUAUCAAAAACAUAUGUACGCCAUGGACGUAAUGCAUUGCUUUGGAGUCAUGUUGUUAUAUUCCAUCAAGUCAGCUUUUGACGUAGCAAUGGCUGCAACAGGUCCCGAUGCUACUGUGUAUGACAUCUACAUACGACAAAUGAAUACCAAUAAGAAUCUUCAGCUAUUCUAUGAUGCAGACUUUGAACCAGGAUCUAGAGAAUGGAAAGCUAUAACUAAGACGAAACUUAGGCACAAUGCAGUUAGCAAAGGUAGUAUAAAACAAGGUUUUAAUGCUUUGACCCAAAAAGAAAUGGUCCUUGGACAAUGGUUUAUUGCUGGAUUUGUGAUAGUGCGAGGCGAGAUCGCUGGUAUCCAUAACGUUUCAGAAGAAGAAUGGCGGGGAUUUCAUCAUUAUUGGAGGGUGAUUGGCUACUUAAUGGGAAUCGAUGAACGCUAUAACGUGUGCAGUGUUCCAUUAGAUACUACAAGAAAAAUAUCCGAAAUAAUACUGGCAAAAGUUUUCAAUCCCGCGAUGGCAGAAAGGACCCCAGAAUAUUUAAUGGUUACUAAAAUAGUUGGUUAUUGCUGGGCACCAAUAUUACCAGAUCUGGAACCAAAAUCCGCUGCCAACUAUACUUUUAACUUGACCAAACCAAAAAAUGGUUCCAAAUUGCCAAGACCAGAUUUUAUGGAAAUGAACUGGUUUUCCUGGAUAUAUUAUUACUAUUUUAUGUUUGUCUUAUUAUAUCUCUUAAAAUUUGACUUCUUCAGAGUUGCAAGGAACUUUCUGCACCGAGCUAAUUUUUAUAUGAUAAAGAAUUUUACCACCGUUCCUAGAAUUCAGUGUGAAAUCUCUCAAUAUUUACACUUCAAUAAAAAUGCAAAGCCGUAUGGGGUAGACUGAUUAAGUGAUUAGUAGAGAGCGGAAUAUAUGCAACACAACAUUACCAAAAUAUGCGCAUAUAUAUGCAUUACUUUUACUACAAAUAUGCAGGUAUUUUUUCUAAAUUUGUCUAAAUAUGCAAGUGCAUAUUAAAAAUACUCAAAAAUAAAACAAUGUAUUAAGUAGUAAGAUCUUCAGAAAAGUUGCCUUCAAAAAUACGUACAACUUUCCUCAAACAAUCGAAGCCCUCAUUUUUUCUAAAACAUUUUUUAAUUUAUUUCUAAUUGUAAUCCCUGUAUUUCCGGGAAUUUUUUGACCCGUGUUGAGCUGGCCCCCCCCACUUGCAAAAAUUAAAAAACAAAUAGCCUUGAUUUAUGAGCUAUUUAUGAGCUCUCAUAUUCCGCAAACUAAAAAUUUUGA